ACCACUUUCUCCGCAUUUUCGAUUUCUGUCAACGACCUCCAAAACUCUUUCUUGAAUACAUCUCUUGAUUUGAUAAAGACGAAAUCUCAAAGAUGGCACGACAUGAUCCUAAUCCAUUUGCUGAUGAAGAGAUCAAUCCAUUUGCGAAUUAUACAAAUGUUCCUGCUGCAAGCAACUCAUAUCUCAAGCCGCUUCCACCGGAACCUUAUGAUCGCGGUGCAACCGUUGAUAUCCCUUUGGAUUCCGGCAAGGAUCUUCGAGCUAGGGAGAUGGAACUCCAGGCUAAAGAGAACGAACUGAAGCGGAAAGAGCAGGAGCUAAAAAGAAGAGAAGAUGCAAUAGCGCGAACUGGAGUAGUCAUUGAGGAGAAGAAUUGGCCCGAGUUUUUCCCUUUAAUUCAUAAUGACAUUCCAAAUGAGAUUCCGCUCCAUUUACAGAAGAUCCAAUACGUCGCAUUCACCACACUGUUAGGUAACGUAAAGGCCACCUUAGACCGCUGCAACAAGUCCUGGAUAUGUAACAGACAAAAGUUAAUUGACCAAAACUAUUGUAACUAUGCAGGAUUAGUAGGAUGUCUCUUGUGGAAUUUUGUGGCAGUAACUGUAGCUUGGAUCAAAGGAGAAGGUCCCACUAUAUGGCUUAUGUCAAUCAUCUACUUCAUAGCUGGGGUCCCUGGGGCUUACGUCUUAUGGUAUCGUCCUCUGUACCGAGCUACCAGAACUGAUAGUGCCCUGAAGUUUGGAGCUUUUUUUUUCUUUUACGUGUUUCACAUUGCAUUCUGCGGAUUUGCUGCAGUAGCUCCACCAGUCAUCUUUCAAGGAAAGUCUCUCACAGGUUUCUUGCCAGCACUUGAGCUUUUGACUACUAAUGCUGCCGUUGGGGUAAGUAUUACUUCUCCUCCUUUACAAGCACUUAACUUCAGCUUGCUUAUGACAGUCUUACCAAUGUUUUUUUCCUCACAGAUAAUGUACUUCAUUGGAGCCGGGUUCUUCUGCAUCGAAACACUCCUCAAUAUCUGGGUGAUUCAGCAAGUGUAUGCAUACUUCCGAGGGAGUGGCAAAGCUGCAGAGAUGAAGCGCGAAGCUGCAAAAUCGACCUUGAUGCGUGCACUAUGAAGACAACACUCCUCACUGGAGAAUGUAUGAAAUGGUGGCUUGAGGUCAAAUCUUGAUUUCUCUACACAAACCCCUUUUAUCGCAAAGUUUAGACUGGCAAUUUUCUUUUGGUUUGAAUUACUUUGUAAAGACUAAAUCAACUACAUGGAGACCUCAAGACAAAAUUGUGCGACUCAAAACAA